AUGGAGACGGAGCGCUCGGGGAGGCCCCGCUGCGGGCGCCACGCGCUGCUCUGCAUCAUUCCCAGCUGCUGCAGCGCGCGCUGCUGCCGGAGCUGGUGGUCGAUGUACCGGAGCCGGGACCCGACGCCGCGACCGCCGCCGAGCCCGCCGCCGAGCCCCUCGGCGUCGCAGUCCUCGCCCAGGGCGCGGCUGGCGGCGCGCACCUGGGAGGCGAUGGCGUCGCGGAGGCAGCGGAACUGCCGCGAGAUGGUGCGCAGCGCCAGCGCCGUGUACGUCCGCGCCGACCCGGCGCCGGCCACUGCCUCGAACGACGACGACACCGACGCCAUCUGCUGGUGGUACUGCCGGUACCGCUGCUCCACCUGA